UUUCACUGUUCAUAAGGUUUAAACGGAGUUUCAUUGUGCCACUAGACGUGACUUAUCAAAAUGUCAACUGACUUUAGUCGUCAGCCGUUCUUCUACAAUUACGGUCAAAAUCCAACCCACGUUAACAUCAAGAUGGAGCAGAUCGAACCACAGCUAAUCGCCGAGGAUUACUACAGCGGCUUCCCGACAAUCAACGGCCAAGGGCUCUCCUUGUCCAGUAUGAUGAUGAUGCAGAACUACGAUAACGCCAUCUCCUAUCCAGAAAGUUGGAUGACUCCUUCGCCGUCCAGUUUUGGUUCCGAGAGUCCAGAUUACUAUCCGAUGAGCUCUCCAGCCUUCAUCGACGUUGAAGAGUGCAAAGAAAAUCUGCUGAAGCAAGCUGCCUUGAAUUCGACAGUAGUGCUGCCACAAACACCGCCAAGUUUGAUCCCUUCAUCGCUUGAUCUCGCCAAUCCAGCCACAGCCGUACUUCCAGUCAAGAAACGCCAAUACCGGAAAUCAUCAAAGCAACAGUUGAAAAAUCAACAACAAUCGACGGAAACCAAGGCAACCACAAUCGUCGAUCCAUCAUCGGCAUCCUGUCAAUCGCUCGUGUACGCCACGGCCAUCAAAUCACUCGUCUCUUUCGAUGUAGCAACGAAUAGUCCAACAGCCCCAGCAGUCAUCAUCGGCAAACGGAAACGCAAACCGGUAUCGCCUCAAAUCAAGAAAAAGCGACGCCUAGCGGCCAACGCUCGGGAACGCAAACGCAUGCAGAGCCUGAACGACGCGUUUGAUCGUUUGCGCAAAAACCUACCGAAUCUGGGCAACGAUCGGCAACUGUCCAAACACGAGACGCUCCAGAUGGCCCAGGAAUACAUCACGGCGCUGUGGCAGUUGUUGCAGUAGGAACCUCUCCUGGAAACCACCAAGCAACGAUGGCCGAUGUCGAAACGAGUGAUUCUUAGUCAGUAGCUGCGUAAGACGAUGAUGAUGUUGGCUAGAAUAAGUGUGUACAUUGCAUUGACCCCGAUGAUCCCGCUGAAAGUAUCCGAGAGGCUCUUUUGCUGAGCCUAGGAAACGUCAAAAACUCCUGCCCCGGAAUUGUCCCGAGUUAGGAGUCUCUUUGUUCCCAGUGCCAGUUGAAUUGUAUUAUAACACUGAAAUACGUUACCCGUUAGAUCAGUUUAAUUUAUUUUUUAUUGGAAAAAGUGUAUCUACUGUAUUAUUACUACGUUUAGUUAGCGUUAAGUUUGAUGUAAAAACUAACUUAUUUUAUCGACAAA